AUGUUACUCGCAGAGAAGCAAUUUGAAAAGACAAUUAAAGGCUGCCUAGUAUUCCGAGGCGAUGGAACUCGUGAAUGGUUAUCGCGAGAGGACACUGCAAGUCCAACUGCUUCGCAGGAAGCAAUCACCACUACUUGUGUUAUUGAUGCACACGAAGGUAGAGAUAUAAUGACGCUGGACGUGCCUAACGCUUUCAUUCAAACUUAUAUGCCUGAUGCUAAGGAAGGAGAAGAUCGCGUCUACAUGAAAAUCACUGGCAUGAUGGUCCAGAUAUUGAUUGACAUGGCCCCAGAGUAUCGCAAAUACGUUGUAUUAGAGAACGGAAAGCGAGUAAUCUAUGUGCGGGUACUACGUGCUAUAUAUGGGAUGUUGCAAUCGAGCCUCCUAUUCUAUAAUCAAUUUCGAAGUGAUUUGGAGGCAAAGGGAUUUGUUUUCAAUCCGUAUGACCCAUGUGUUGCUAACAAAGUUGUUGAUGAAAAACAGCAAACUAUCAGAUUUCAUGUUGACGAUCUUAUGUCAAGUCACAUGGAUCCAAAAGUAAAUGACAAAUUUGCUGAAUGGUUGAACAUGAGAUAUGGUUCGGUUCAGGCAUGUAAAAUCAUCAGAGGAAAAAUACACAGAUAUCUUGGAAUGACUUUGGAUUUCUCGGUGAAAGGAAAACUCAAAAUCCGCAUGAACAUGUUGGAAGAUAUUCCUAUUAAGUUCAACAAGGAUUCAAAGCAGGAAAUACCAGCUGGUAACAAUUUACUGGAAGCUGGUAAAGGGAAGUUACUCAGUGCUGAGUACCGUCAGAUCUUCCAUACUACUGUUCCAAGAGGACUUUAUGUCUCUAAGCGAGCUCGUUUGGAUAUCCAGUCUGAUUGGAAGAAGUGUGUUCGCAUGAUGCGAUAUUUGUUUUGUACAUCGUUGUAUCACCUGACACUUUCUGCAGAAUCACUACAAGUCAUGAAAUGGAUGAUCAACGCAUCAUUUGCAGUGCAUCCAGAUUUCAAGAGCCAUACUGGCGGCACUCUGUCCUUUGGAGGAGGUGUAGUCUCAAGUGAUGUUGAAGAAACAAAAGCUAAACAGCAGAAGCAGUACGGAAGCGGAACUGAUUGCUGUUGA